AUGGCUGGAGAAAUGCACAUCCUGACCACAUUAGACCAUCUGCCCUGGAACUCCACCUCUGCGGAGCAAGGGGCCAGAAAUGGGUCCCAAUCCAACUUUUGGUACAAUACAAACAAGACUCAGCUCUUGGGUGUUUUGCUGGCAAUCACUGGAAAUUUUCUGAUUAGUAUCUCUUUGAAUAUCCAGAAAUAUGCUCAUCUCCGACUGGCAUGCCAAGCAAAUCAAAAGCCCUAUUACACAAGCAAGCUGUGGUGGUGUGGAAUUAUCCUCAUGGGGCUUGGAGAGCUGGGAAACGCUGCAGCUUAUGGAUUUGCUCCAGCCACCCUUAUAGCUCCAUUAGGAUGUGUAUCCGUCAUAGGUAGUGCGUUUAUUUCUGUCUUAUUCCUAAAAGAAACCAUGAGGGCUGCUGAUAUGUUAGGUGGAACCCUGACAAUUGCAGGAACAUAUUUGUUGGUGACAUUCGCUCCAAAUGUAACCCAGGAGCUCACGGCAACUAAAAUACAGAAUUAUUUAAUUAGCUGGCAGUUUCUGAUCUAUGUGAUCUUAGAAAUAAUAAUAUUCUGCAUUCUUCUGUAUUUCUACAAAAGAAAGGAUGUGAAGCACAUCGUGGUUUUGUUAAUGAUGGUAGCACUACUAGCAUCACUGACGAUCAUUUCAGUAAAGGCUGUGGCAGGCAUGAUAACAUUCUCUGCAAAGUGCAAAAUGCAGCUAACAUACCCCAUUUUCUAUAUCAUGUUCAUUAUAAUGGUGACAUCUUGUGUUUUCCAAGUCAAGUUCUUAAAUCAAGCUAUGCAGCUCUACAAUGCAACAGUCGUUGUGCCAAUUAACUUUGUGUUCUUCACAACCAGCGCCAUCAUUGCAGGGGUCAUAUUUUAUCAGGAAUUCCAAGGUGCAGCUUUGCUGAGUGUGUUCAUGUUUCUAUUCGGGUGUCUUCUGUCAUUUCUUGGCGUGUUUGUAAUCACACGAAAUCGAGAAGAGGAGCAUUUGCAAGUUCCUUAUAUUGAUUGUGGACACAUCCCUGGAAAAAAAGAGAUUGACAAAAUACAGCCGGAUUCAAACAGCUUAUCCUACGGCACUUUGCAUGAUGAAGAUGACUGGACGAGUGCUCAGAGCUAA